GCCUUCUCUAAGGUGGCUCUCUUUUUUUCCUUCUCUUUUUAUUUGUCUUCUCAUUCUCUUUUCUUCAUACUAUGGUCUUAUUCAACCCAAUUCUAUACCACGUUCAACGACUUAUCAGCCAUUCUUUACUGGACAACAGCAACGAUAACUACAACGACAAUACCAAUUCAAAGCCAGGUCAAAUCAUGGAGGCUUCUAGCGGUAUCAAUCUUCAAGAGACACAGGACAACUAUGCUCCUGUCGCAGUCGUUGCUAUACCCGAGAUCGCCUCGAUGAUAGCAAUGAAUCUUUCUAAAACCGACAUUGCCUCCUCUAUCAUCGUCUGCAAAUCAUGGUCUAUUUCAUUUACCCCCCAUCUCUGGCGAAACAUCAGUUCCCGGAUCCCCAAUCCUCACAAUGCACAAAUCCUCCCAAACCUCUUACGAACCUUUGGGGGAUUGAUCCGAACUCUGUUCUUUACAGAUGUACCAGAGCAUUAUCUCCUACGAGCAGAACCAUCUACAGGAUUAGUCUUUGAUUGUGACACUAUCGAAAACCUUGUCAAAAUGAUCAUUCAUAUUGAGGCAGACAAGAAACCAGCUAUUCAACGAAUGUUACAGAGGAACAGAUAUACAUUGAGAGAACUUCGGUUGACUUUUAGAAUAGAUAAAGGCCGGAUGCCGAUAAGAGGAUGUGCGUCAACUGGAGCAGCAUUAGUGUUUGUGCCUUCGUCUUCUCUAGCAGGGAUCCCAUCUUUACCAGCAGCUUCUACAACUACGAAUACAAAUACAAAUACAAAUACAACCAUGUCAUCAUCAACAACAGCAUCAGCUACCGCAUUAACUGCAAUGGCCAUAAGAGCUUCCUCGAUGGGAAAAACGACAUGGAUGGGAGAACCACUGUUUGAAUUCCCUAGCCUAAGUAUAGGUGGCAUGCCAAGCUUACAAUCGUUAUAUCUGGAGAACUGGUCCAUGACGAAACAAGAGCUAGUUCAAAUCCUGAUGGCUUGCCCAGCUCUACAUCUGUUAUCCUUAGCUGGAAUACAUAUUAUUCAUGUCGACAAUAGCUCGACGUCGCCGUCGGCAUCAUCACCAACGUUAUUAUCAUCGUCUCCAUCAUCUUCUUCCUCCACCGCAGCUCCUACAGAACUAAACUCGAAGCAAUCAGCCAUAGUACCAUCUUUUCAACAUCACAGUAUUCGAACCUUUAGGAUGUGUGCCCAACUAUACCCAAUCUUGGACCUAUUACCCAACCUCCGUACACUUGAAUUCUAUCGAUUCGACCGACCUGUUCCUCAUGAGGUUUUGUCUGAUUUCUGUCAAUCCAUUCAACAACACUGCCCUCGACUCUCACAACUCUGGCCAUUAGGGUUUGAAUGCUCGAUGUUACCUCCGAUCUUAGAUGUUCUUCCAUCGUUGACAGUCUUUAGGGGGUCCAGUGAUAUUGCCACAGUCUUAUCCAUCUUAUGCCAUGCUUCCACACUAGAAGAAGCCAACUUGUCGGAUUAUGCAGAGCGGACGUUUAUGCCCCUAAAAUUCUUGGAGACCUGCCCUCGACUACGACAGCUUCGAACGGGGCAUUCAAAUACAACAAUGGAAGAUGUCAAAGAAUCAAUUUCAGGGCCAGGAAGAGGUUGGGUUUGUAAAGGCCUGAGGGUCUUGAGAUUGAGUAUCUUCAAGAUGUCUCCAGUCUUGAUUGAAAAGGUCAUGCGAGACCUGAAUGCAGUCAGAGAGACGGAUUUUAAGGGUCGAUGGUUGAUGAGCCAAGCUAGAAUGGCAGUCCUGUCAGCUAAGGCGGCAAUCCAAAACGGUACUGCUGACAUUAUUUUGAAUGAUACCGAGUCAGAAUCUAGGGCUGGAUCUGGAUCACUAGAAAAAGCAGCCAAUGAAGGAGCAAAAAUCAUGAGCGAAUCUGUAUCUUCCUCCUCCUCUCCUUCUACUAUUACUGCUAGUAUAACAGCCACUAAUACUACUUCCGCAACAGCUGUAGAAGGAACUGGGCUAGUCGAGUCAACGACAAUGGGGACGCCUGCGACAGCUGAGUAUAUAUUUUUACAAAAACGAAUGGCAAUGAAACUGAAGCAGGAACAACAACUACAGGAAGCAUUUAAGGAGUUAUCAGAGGAACAAUUGGAAUUUCAACGUUUGCUUUCAAACUAUCUCGGGGACCUACCAUGUCUUAUCUGGGUGAAUUUAGGGACGGGGUGGUAUUGUAUCCCGAGAAACGGAUUACUAAGUGGGCAAGCCCCUAUUCCCGAAGCAUAAUCGAUUGUUCAAUAAUAAAAUUUUGCGUAAAUACCAAACCUCCUCUUUUUAUUUUAAUCAUGCAAGCUACAAAGUUCCAAAGAGAAUAAAAAACAAGAUAAACAAG